UACAAACUCAUUCUUGGCAAUACUCCUUAUAAAUUACAGGUCUUUCUCUUUCUCUUCCACAACACAACUUCUCACAGCUCACAAGUGAGACAAAUUACAACAGAGAGAGAUAGAUAUACAAGAACAUGAACCCCACGGCGAGUGACCAUAACAUGGCUUUCAUCUCUCAGUUGUACCCUGAUGUCUACACUCAUAUAGUACCACAGGGAAAAGUGAAGCCACCGAAGCGAAGGAGGAAGAAGAGCAAAAGGGCGGUGGCUGCCGGAGAUGGAAGUAACUGCUUGUUUAAGAAGAGAAAGCUUACUGAUGAGCAAAUGAACAUGUUGGAGAUGAGCUUUUGCGAUGAACAUAAGCUUGAGUCGGAGAGGAAAGAUAAACUUGCGGCGGAGCUAGGGCUUGACCCUCGUCAAGUUGCCGUUUGGUUUCAAAACCGUCGUGCACGGUGGAAGAACAAAAGGCUCGAGGACGAGUACAACCAACUCAAAAGCUCACAUGACAACGUCGUUGUCGACAAGUGCCGACUUGAGUCAGAGGUUCUUCAGCUCAAGGAACAACUCUUUGAUGCAGAGAGGGAGAUCCAAAGAUUGGCAGAAAGAGUAGAAGGAGGCUCUAGCAACAGUCCAGUUUCUUCUUCAGUCUCCGUCGAACACAAUGAAACGUCGUUUUUUGGAGACUAUAAAGUUGAAGAGGACGGUGACGACUACGAUAACAUGGUUUAUCCGGUGCCGGAAAACAGCUACAUCGACGGAGAGGAGUGGAUGAAUUACCAGCUUAAUGUAAUAUUUUAAUUGUAUUACUUAGUGUCGUGAACCAGGAAGGAAUAUUAUUUACUAAAUCAAAAGACUAUAUAGUUGCUGAAUUUCUAAUAUACAAAUAAAUAUAAC